CAGACAGUUCAGUCUGGGAAUAGAAAGCAAAACCUCCCCUCACCAGAGUCCCUCCCUUCAGGGACAAGGCAGGUAGGAUUCAGAUCUAGGAACUGCAGAGCAGAGAGCAAAGACUGUGUGGACCGAGAUCUGGAAGGAAAUCUGAAAACAUCUAACUUCACUUCCCAGCUGUUCUUCUCUCCAGAGCUCCAAGACACCAACACUGCAUCCUUCUGUUUCCUGAACCUCCCAGCUUAGAGGAUUCCAUGGAGAGCUACCAGUGACCUUGCUCCCAGAGAAGAGGUGACAACACAGGAAGGCCACUGGCAUCACAGCUCAGGAGCAGGUACCAUCGACAUUUCCCAGGCAUGGGUCAGACUUCCUCUUCUACAUCCCCUCCAAAGGAGGAUCCCGAUUUGCCCUCCAGCUUUGGCACAAAUCUUCAAAAUUUCAAGAUGGAAACAAAAAUCCUGUCUCAGGAAUUAAUUGCCUUCAUUGAAUCAUCCCUAGAGAAGGGAAACCUUCGGGAAACAGUUUCUGCAAUCAGCAGUGCUCUGGACAACAUCGAGAAAGCCCCACUGAACAUUGCAGUGAUGGGAGAGACUGGGACUGGAAAAUCUAGUCUCAUCAAUGCUCUACAGGGAGUGGGACCUGAUGAAGGAGGUGCGGCUGCUUCCACAGGAGUGGUAUAUACAACCACUGAGAGAACACCACACACUUACUCAAAGUUUCCCAGUGUGACACUAUGGGACCUGCCUGGCACUGGGUCUACUGACUUCCAAUCACAUGAUUAUCUGAAGAAAAUCAAGUUUGAGGAGUAUGACUUCUUCAUCAUUGUCUCCUCUGGACGCUUUAAACAUAAUGAUGCAGAACUUGCCAAAUUCAUUGUGCAAAUGAAUAGGAGUUUCUAUUUUGUUAGAACACACACAGAUCUUGAUCUGAUAGUUGCAAAACUGAGUGAUCAUAGGAGAUUCAAUAAAGAGAACAUCUUAGAGCAGAUUCGAAAUACCAUUUCAAGUAUACUCAAGGAAGUUACCCACCAGGAGCCUCCAGUCUUCUUGGUCUCUAACUUUCAUGUGUCUGACUUUGACUUCCCAGAGCUGGAAUCCACCCUUCUGUGUGAGCUCCCGGCCUACAAACGCCACAUGUUCAUGCUCACUCUGCCAAUUGUUACAGAUUCCAUCAUAGACCAGAAGAGGGAUAUGUUGAAACAAAAGAUCUGGAAGGAAUCCAUAAUGCCAAGAGCAUGGGCUACCAUACCAUUCAGGGGAUUGACCCAAAAUGACAUAGAGAUGUUGGAACAGACUUUGAAUGACUGUAGAUCUUCCUUUGGCCUGGAUGAGGCAUCACUGGGAAACAUCGCUGAGGAUUUGAAUAUGACACUGGAGGAACUCAAAGAAAACAUUGAGUCUCCACAUUUGCUCUCGGAUGAUCCAGAUACAUCCUUAACAGAGAAACUGUUGAAGUACAUUAGAAAUCCUUACUUUUCAAAGUUUUUCCACUUGCAAAAUUAUUUCAUUGACAAGGUUGCAAGUGAUGUUAAAAUUAUCCUCAGUAAAGAAGAGCUUUUGACAGAGAAGCAUCCUCCAUGGCACACAGCUACAAGCAAGCCUUCCUCUAGCAAACAUUCUCCUUUAAUGGCUCAACUUUUGGCAUUCAGCUUUGAAAAUUUUUUUAAGAAUUUCAAGAAAGAAAGUAAAAUCCUCUCUGAGGAAACCAUCACCUUGAUUGAAUCGCAUCUGGAGGAUAAGAACCUUCAGGGGGCACUGUCUACAAUUACUCGUGCUCUGAGAAACAUUGACAAAGCCCCACUGAACAUUGCUGUGACUGGAGAAACAGGGACAGGGAAAUCCAGCUUUAUAAAUGCCCUGAGGGGAGUGAGGGAUAAAGAAGAAGGUGCAGCCCCCACUGGGGUGGUAGAGACAACCAUGAAGAGAACUCCAUACCCACACCCAAAGCUCCCCAACGUGACAAUAUGGGACCUGCCUGGCAUUGGGUCCACUACCUUCCCACCACAAAACUAUCUGACAGAAAUGAAGUUUGGUGAGUACGACUUCUUCAUUAUCAUCUCUGCCACACGCUUCAAAGAAAUUGAUGCACAUUUGGCCAAAGCCAUUGCAAAAAUGAACACAAAGUUCUACUUUGUCCGAACCAAGAUAGAUCAAGAUGUCAGUAAUGAACAGAGAAGUAAACCUAAGUCUUUCAAUAGGGACAGUGUCUUAAAGAAAAUUAGAGAUGACUGUUCAGAGCAUCUUCAGAAGGCUCUCUCCAGUCAGCCUCCAGUCUUCUUAGUCUCUAAGUUUUAUGUGUCUGACUUUGACUUCCCAAAGCUGGAGACCACACUACUCAGUGAGCUCCCGGCCCACAAGCGCCACAUCUUCAUGAUGUCCUUGCACAGUGUUACUGAGAAUGUCAUUGACCGGAAGAGGGAUUUCCUGAAACAGAAGAUCUGGCUGGAGGCCCUGAAGGCUGGAGCAUGGACCACCAUUCCACUUGGGGGCUUAAUCAGAAAUGAAAUACAGAAAUUGGAGGAGACCUUGAAUCUCUACAGGUCUUACUUUGGGCUGGAUGAAGCCUCACUGGAAAAUAUUGCCAAGAAUUUCAAUGUGUCUGUGAAUGAAAUUAAGGCACAUCUUAAGUGUCUCCAUUUGUUAACAAACAACAAAGACAUGUCCUUCAAAGAAAAACUGUUGAAAUAUAUUGAAUAUAUUUCCUAUGUUACUGGGGGACCACUUGCCUCAGGCCUUUACUUUACAAAGACUUACUAUUGGAAAAGUCUCUUCAUUGAUACUGUAGCAAAUGAUGCCAAGUCUCUCCUUAAUAAGGAAGAGUUUUUAUCAGAGAAGCCAGGAUCGUGCAUGUCUGACAUCCCUGAAUACUGGGAAACAGGGAUGGAUCUGUGAGGCACUAACCUUUGGAAUAGCUUCAGGCAUGGUCUUAAAGCCUACUUUUAAGCAACAAACACUUUCUGGGAAAGACCAGAGGAUUCGUCUCUUUCAGAGACAAAAUAUCAUUGUGGCGAGUGGAAGAGAGUUGCCUCCGGUAUAAGAAUUGUCUUCCAUUACAGUAUCAUGAGAAUAUAUGGUUGUAUACAUAUAAUUUGCAAUAUCUUUAUCUAAUUAAACUUGGAUCUUUUGUCCCAAGGAGAUUCCCCAAGAUGUGCCACACUCUCCUAAGAUGAAGAAGUUAGUACACUUUGUAACCAUUUGGGCUUUUUCUGUAUCUGCCUCAGUUCCCAAAUAAUGACACAGAGGUUCAUUUAUUUAUGCGUUAAUGCCUAUACCUUAGCUAAGCUUGUUCCCCAACUAGUUUAUAACUAAGCUGACCUGUUUAUACUAUUCUAUGUCUGAGAUGAGUCUGGUUGUCUCUUCUCAGUUUCAAACAUUCAACUUCCUCCACAACUUGGUGGUGAAUCUCUUCAGCCUGACUCUUUCCCAGAGUUCCUCUCUCUUCGAGUUGUCCCACCUGUUUUCUCCCACCUUUCUGUGGGCGAUUCAGCUCUUUAUUGACAGAUGAUGCUUUAACAUAGUGCACAAGAGAUUAUUGUCACAAUUCUGUCUUGACUAAUUAGUUUUGGGGUUUAGGAAGUAGAGGGAACUGGUUCCCAGCACACAUCUCCACAUGAGGUGGUGUCUCUAUAGACAUGAUAGCUACACAGCAGAUGGGAUGAUGAGCAUCCUCCCUCCAGGGAGAGCUGGGUAAUGCAUGGAUCAGUAAACACACCUGAGGAUCCAUGCAGAUACAGACAUUUUAUUCCAUAUCCUUCACUAGUCAACCGGAUGAGUUUGGAAUUCGGGUUGUAGGCAACAUGGGCUUUAAUUAAAUUGUUAUUUCUUGUGGCAAGGUAAAAGCUGAACAACAUCUCAUUGGCUCACUCAGAUGUGAGACUUGGCAAACACAGUAUCUACAGGCCAGCCUUGCAGCCUGGAAAUCUUUGGAAGAGUUAAUAUUAUAGUUUUGUCCAAACAUAAAAAGUUCUCUUUCCUAGGAUUUGUCAAGGGUUUUGUUGUUGUUUUUUGAUUUAUCUCUAAGGUCUUCAAUUGGUUAGACAGUGACAUUUGGAGUAGAGAAGGUCAUCUGACAUAUUAAAAGCCUCUUGCUUUAAAAUUUAAUCUCAUCUGAAAAUUACUUUCACAGGCUGGAGAGAUGGCUCAACAGUUAAGAGCACUAGCUGUUUUUCCAGACAAUCUGAGUUCAAUUCCCAGUACUGACAUGGCAGCUCACAACUGUCUGUAAUGCCAAUUUCAGUUACCUUCAAACCUCACAGAGACAUACAUGCAGGCAAAACAUCAUCGCUCAUACAAUAAAAAUAAAUUAAUAAAUUGUUUUAAAAUAAAUUAUAAACUAUAAAAAAUUACUUUCAUAAUAACAUCUCCACAGAUACUUGGUAAUUACUUAGACAAAGCACUGUGUAAAAUUAUUUUUUUCAAGCUCCAUAAUUAUCCUUAUCCACUUUAUACCAGAAUAUAUAUACAUAUACAUCAAAUACAUACAUAUAGUUGUAUACUUACAGCUUCAAUUGUACUUAUCUGUGAGAUACCACAUAACAACUUUACUCAAAUAAAUAGCAAAUAAUUAUCAAAUCUCAAGAGAUGACUUAGCAGUAAGAGCACUGGCUGCUCUUCCAGAAGACCUGGAUUAAAUUCCCAGCAUCCACAUUAGAACUCAUAACUGCCUGUAACUCCAGUUCCAAAGGAGCUGACACUGUUAGGCAGAUGUACAUGCAGGCAAAAUACCAAUGCACAUUACAGAAAAAUAAAAAAAAAAAAAUUAAGAGCUGGGCGGUGGUGGCACACGCCUGUAAUCCCAGCAUUUGGGAGGCAGAGGCAGGCAGAUUUCUGAGUUCGAGGCCAGCCUGGUCUACAAAGUUCAGGACAGCCAGGGCUACACAGAGAAGCCCUGUCUCGAAAAACUCAAAAAAAAAAAAAAAUUAAGAAUCCGGGGAGUUAGUCUUCCAUGUUCUUUUAUUUUAAGUUUUAUUUUUUUUGAAGAUUUAUUCAUUUGUUUGUUUUAUGUAAGUACAAACACACCAGCAGAGGGCAUCAGAUUCCUCUACAGAUGAUUUUGAGCCACCACAUGGUUGCUGCGAAUUGAACUCAGGACCUCUGAACGGGCACUCAGUGCUGUUAACCUCUGAGCCAUCUCCAGCCUGACUUCCAAAUUCUUAAGCACACAAAAUUACUGUGAUUAAUAGAUAAGAAUUGUUCAAAUAAAUGGAUACAUGUAUACAGUGGAUGCUGACCAAUUCAGGGUAUGUCUAACGUUUCCUAUCAUUUCCCAGUCUUUGGCACAUCUGAGCGUCUCUGUUCUGCUUACUCAUAAAGAGCAUAAUAGGUUACUUUAAACAUGAAUCUCUGUGCUGUACUGCAGCACAGUAGAACCUGCUCCUUCCCUUUAACCCUUUUGUGACCUCUUAUCCAAACUCUCUCUGCCUCUCUAUUCCCACUUCCAGCUUCUAGGAAUCACUAUUCUACACAGGAAUCAGCCACUAAAAGUGAGUGGUAUUAAUAAGUAAUCUCUUCAAACUCAUUAUCCAUAAUGAUGCCCUCUAUAGAGCCAUCCACUUCUGGUGACCACUUCCCUACCUCUCUGUCAUGUGAAAAACUCAGUUCCCCAUCUCAGCCCAGCCUUUAAUCUAUUUCUGUGUUUUUCAACACUAAUAGUCACAGUGGAAAGCCAUUACUACCAUGCAUGCAUCAAAGGAGGCUGUCAGCAAAGAAGGCUGUCUCUGAGGAUGCGAUGUGUUUUGUCCUAUUCAUGGGAAAUGUUUCAACACAUUGCAGGUAUAUGUGUGGUGGUUUAUAUUGAUUUUCAACUUGACAGGACUUGGAGACACCUUGAAGACAAAUGUCUGGGCAUGUCAGUGAGGGAUUGUCUUGAUUAUGUUAAUUAAGAUGAGGAGACCCAUAAAUGUGGACGGCAUCAUCCCCCUAGGCUGGAGCCCUGGACUGUUUAAAAUGGGGAAAGCAAACACCAGUGGUCAUCUCCCUCUGCUCCCUGACUGCAGAUGCCAUUUGACCAGCUCUGCCUUCCCGGACACAAUGUGCUGCAGCCUUGAACUUGAGCCAAAAUAAACUCUUUCUCUCUUAAA